AUGCCAAAAUUUUUCACUUCUUUGCUGUUGAUUGUGCUAUGUGUGCAGGGACAGGGCCAGCCAAAUGCCCCCAUCCCAGUGCCAUUUGUCGUGGCCUCUUUAGAAGCAAUUCCUCCAACCGCCCAAGCCUGCAGCGAGCUGGUCUUCAGCGGUUUGCAAUCACGAGAUUCCAGAGGGCAGCCUCUCCAGUUCUUCUGGGGUUUUGGCCCUGGAACCCCUUCGUGGUUUCGAAUUCCUCUAUUGGCUGGUGUUUUGGAAGAGGCCACGGGGCAAAGCUCCCCUCUCAUUACCAUCAGCCCAGCCAUUUUAUCCCGAGCCGGUGCUGAACUUGGAGAUCUCCGAGAAGGCGAGGUUCGAUUGGAGGUGCGUUUGACGGUGAGGAAUGAUCUUGGCAAUAGUACGGAAGCAGUCACCUCCUCCCACAUCGUUGGCUUGACCUCCCAGGCAGAACCUGCAAUUAGUCCGGUCGGCUCAACCAAUCUCAAGAUAAAACACAGUGAUGAUUUGCACUUGGAAGUCACCACAGGUGAGGCACCUUUCGCAUUGCAGUGUGCAAACCGUGACCCUGGCAUUAGUGCUGGUCGAACCAAUGUCACUUGGCAAUAUCGGUCCACAGGUCAGUUGUCCUGGCAGCCCUUAGAAGCUUCUCUGGGAAAUCUGGCUUUUGAUCCAAACCAUGUGAAUCUUGCACCUUACAGCUUUCAGCCUGGCACUUUUCAUCUCUUCCGUGCAGUGGCUGCGUUUGAUCUUCGACCCACUUUGGCACCUCGUCCGAGUGUGGUUUUCAGAGUGAGCGUGGAAGCCUUGCCUGCAGUGAAGGUUUUCAUUGUUGGCCCUCGGCUUGCGUCCCAGUGUAGCUUCGAGUUGGACGUCGAAGUUUGGGACCCCACAAUGCCACAAGCACGGAAGGAAGAUUUCCUUUAUUCCUGGAGGUGUUCUUCAGUUGUUCAAGUGGGUGAGCUUGACCUCUGUGCACAGCUCCCACCAUUUACAACCACUAACCCCUCGUUUGGACCAAAGUUCCGGGUGGAUGCUGGUCAGUUGGCCGCUGGAAUACAUCGUUUCUCGGUGAUUGUCCGCCGCGUGUCGGGCGGCCCUCAGAGCAUUGCUCGGCACCCAGUGCAUGUGGCACCGGCCUUUUUUGCAUCGCUGAGGAUGCGUUUUCCCUCUUAUGCUUAUACUGGUAUUGUAGAUGUCGCCGACGGUGCGCCCGCAGUGUCAGCCAUUAUGCAAUUGACUGGUGACUUGGGAGCUCGAUGUGCGGCACCUCAGGUGCAUUGGCAAUGGUUUCUAGUAGAGGACCGAUUGACACCUACACUGGAACGAGCUCUAAAUACAUCUUCGAUUGCAGCCGAUGGAUUCCUGGAACUGCAGUCGGGUGGUGGCGGCAUGCUUCUAGCUGGGGUUCAGUAUUUUCAUGUCCUCCUGCAAGCGGAGACCAAGAAUAUCAUGGAUCAAGCAACUGCCAAUGUAAGCAGGCCGUCCUUGGAUUCGGUGCUCCGAAAGGGGCUUGCGAUGGCUGCUAUGUCUCCCAAGUUUGUCGGUGAUCAAGUUCCAUUGGGUGGUGCUUCAGUGGACUUGGAGCCUCAUGGGUCGGCUCGUCGAGACGACCAGGUCAAUGUGGCCGAUAGCAGGCUGAUCCUCAGUUCCAAGGACUCCAAGGCCGAGGCCGAAAAGACCUUCGAAGAGUUCAAAGAGAUGAGGCAAGACUACGAGAAGAUGCGCACUCGUCCGAAGCCUCGCAACGGGAAGCGCGUGGGGAACGAGGUGUGGUUCGACGCGAAGCUCAACACUCCGCUUGGCUUGGCCUUGGAUACGAAGCAUUGCCUGAGCUUCAAGACGAGCUUCGACGGAGAAGCUGUCGGGGUGUCUGAAGUAAUGGAGGGCGGCAGUGCCUUUGAGUACAACCAAGGCUGCUUGCAGGAGGAUGCGGCCGAGAAGAGAAUAUGGAUACAGCCGGGCGACAGGAUUCUGACGGUCAACGGGGUGAAGACAAAAACAACAGAAGACGUGGUGGAGAUUGUCUCCAAGUUGAAAGAGGGCGAGAGAGCAAUCCUAAAGUUUUCUCGCCAAGCCCGAGGACCGGUACAGGUAGUUUUCCCUGAGCCUGCAGAUCCGGUGGUGGUGCGUGGCAGUUCCAAAUUGCAAGAUGCAGCCAGGGUUGCAGGCCAUGAUGUGAUCUACCGCUGUGAAGAUGGCCUUUGUGGAAGUUCCAGUAUUUCGAUUCAGAUUUCCUUGCUAGCAAAGGUGCAUAGAAACCACAACGGCUUCAGCUUUGCCAAGCAAGGCCAAUCCACCUUGAAGCUUUCCGCAACGCUUACAAUUGAGAAGAGCGAUGACAAAGCCAAGACAAAUGAGCAGAUACAACAGCUGCUGAGCCAUGCCAAGCAAAUGAAAUACGAGGGCAAUGUCCAGAGAUUUCUAGAGAACAUGGUGAAUCAAGUGCAGAAAGUCAUAGAGACCGCGAAAGUGGUUGAGGAGAAGAAAUCCACUGAAGUGCCCAAGGAUUUCACUCCUCCCAAGUAUCGAGUGAAAGCAAUGCCAAAAUUGAAUGCCAAGAAGAUUACAGUGAAAAAGAUGACAGCCGCCGAUUUGGCCAAGCGCUUAGAGGAAGGUAAGGACAUCAACUUUAAGGAACCAAUGCUCAUCACCAAUGCCACCACACUCUUCAAUCCUGGGGCGUGGGAUGAGGUGCGCCGCCAUUGGACAGCAUCACGUCUCAUGGAAGAUGCACACUUGGAGAAGGAGUUUCGACUCGAGUAUUGGCCACAAGACAAGGCCCGUGCAAGGCUCGUAGGUAAUCAGCUGCACAUGGAAGAGCCUGAGAUGAUUCCAUUCUCCCGCUAUGUCAUCAAUUGCUUCCAUGGGACACCUGCCAAGCCAAAGCUGCCAGGUCAGAACACAGAGCAUUGUGAACAAACAGUGGAUGCACAGAGCAUGGUUCGAAAUGUCUCGGAGCUGGAGCAGCUCCGCAUUUUUCGGCAAAUUGAGAAUGCCUUGCCACACAUGGCCGAAUUCCGACAGAAGCUCUUGGAAGCUGCAGGUGAUGAGCUGAAGUCCAUCAUCCCCAAAGGUGCGGAGAGAUGGAAGCGGAACAAUGGACGUUUGUCAUAUCAGUACUUCACCUUUGGACCGUCGGGUUCAGGUGCCAAUCUUAGACCUGAGAAUGGCUUGCCCUUCUUCGAUGUGCUUGUGCAUGGGUCCAAAAGAUGGUUGCUUUUGCAAGAAGAUGAAAUGGAGCGAGUAGCCCAAAAGGCACGGGAGGCCUUAGAAUUUGACAAGACUUCUGCCUACAUGUUCUUUGAGGAAAAGCUUCCAGAGCUGCGAGAGGAGUUUGGCUUGAAGAAGUUCGUAGAGGCGAACCAGGGGCCAGGGGAUUUGAUCAUCGUCCCCUCUGGGUGGUUCCGAGUCUCCUUGGCUUUGGCAGACUCCUUCUCAUACUAUGAGACCAUUUUGAAAGGCAAGCAGACUCUCUCGGCAUUGACCGACAACAACGUUUGGAGACCGCAAUUCCGGCAGUAUCGGCUGGCCUAUUGCUAUACACCUUCCACUGUGGAUGAGUUGCCAGGGAUCACAGAGAAUGCAGGUCUUCGAAAUUGGCUGAAGCAGGCCAUCGAGAAGGUUCAGCUUGAUGAAGCCAUCAGUGGCAUUUUGGAAGUGAUGUUGCAUUGCGGUUCUACCUUGGCACUUUCAUCCAAAAUGCCUAGCUUGAAUGUCAAAGAGCUCUCUGCAUGCACUCCAGCGGUAUGGACCAAAUGCCGCAAGCAGCUGAAAGCCAAGUUGGAAGAGAAGAAGUCCAGCGCAACUCUGUCGUGGCUUCCCAAGGAGGCUCAGCUUGACUUCAAGGAGAAGUCCGAGCUUUAA